UCCCGCAGCCCUGCGGGCGGGAAGCGGCUCGGCUACCGAACCCUGUAGACGGGUCGGCUUUGUUGGCCGGUGAGAGCCGCUCUUUUGUAGGCAUCGUUGCCAGGAGUUAGCCAUUCACAUAAUGGAUUAGCGUGAAACAAAACGCACGGCGAUGCCCCUUUCCUUUCUUCACGUUCUUUCUGAGCCCUUCGGGCCGAGCUGGAUCGUGACGGGGACUGGUUCCCCCGUUCCGGUCCCGGCUGCGGGCGGCAUUCCCCGCUGGAGCGGGGCGGGCGCUCCCCGCACGCAGCCGAUGGGGCGGCCCGUGUGCCCGCCCCGCCCCGGCCGGCCGCCUAGAAAAGCGGGGCCGUUCGGCGGCUCCCCGGUUUCUUCCCGUCCUUGGCCCGGCCGGUCAUGAAGAAGUCGGUGCCGCAGGCGGCCUCGCUGCUGCUGGAGAAGCUGCUGCUUUUUGUCCACGUCCGGGCGCUGCCGGCGGGCACCGAGGGCGGGGAGCCGCCACCGGCCGCCUCCGGCUACUACGACACGAGCUGCUUCAGGCGGGGUGACCUGCUGGAGGUGCCGCGCACCCUGUUUAUCCACUUCGGCAUCUACCUGGGUGAGAACCGUGUCGCCCACCUGAUGCCUGACAUCCUGCCCGCCUUCACUGACGACCGCCGGCAGAUCCAGCGGGUGGUGACCAACAAGCGGCUCAUCCUGGGAGUCAUCACCAAGACGGCCAGCAUCCGCGUGGACACGGUGGAGGACUUUGCCUAUGGCGGCAGCAUCCUGGUCAACCACAUGGACCGGCUGUUCAAGGACCAGGUGCUGGGCAGCGAGGAGGCCGCCCGUCGGGCAGAGAAGCUGGUGGGCGCCACAGCGUACAGCCUGCUCUGGAACAACUGCGAGCACUUCGUCACCUACUGCCGCUACGGAGCUCCGGUCAGCUUCCAGACCGACAAGUUCUGUGAGACUGUCAAGAUGAUCCUUCGUGACCAGAGGAGCGUUCUUGCUUCAGUGCUCGUGGGCUUAGCAUCCAUCAUCUGCCUCGGUCUGGCACCCUCCACCACACUCCCCACGAUCUUCAUUACCUUCAUUCUGUGGAUGGCUGGCUAACAGCCCGCCCGCAACUGUUUGUAUAUAGGAUGUACACUACUGUAUUUAUGAGAGCACAAAUUACUUGCUGGCGCUGUGUAAAGUUACUUAACCUUGUGUGCCACUUUCAAAUGCGACUCUGUCUAGAACACAGUGCACAAGGUAUAGCUUACUGUGUAAGCCAAAUAAUAGAUUUCCUGAAAAUCUCAAUACAUUUUCACACACCUUUAAAAUAAUGAAAGCGUAGGGGUGUGAUGCAGUUCUGCUGCAUGCCUUUAGCCUUAAGUGAUUCUGCUCAUGCCCUUCAUGUUCUUUUAUCUCCUAGCUGCGUGCCUGGGUGCUACAGCUAUUAAUAAAAAUAGAUGAUUGAGUACCACACAGCGAUGGGUAUUCAGAAUUACUUUGUACUUUGGUAGAUAUCAUUAAUGUUCCUGAGUUACUGUCUCUGUUCCUGAAAUGUCCUUUUGCGAAGAUGCAGUCAGGUAAGCUGAGCAUUUUUGAUAGCCGAGAAAAAAGAAAAGGUGGCCCUUGCCUGGGUGCUGUGCUGUAGUAACACAUCUGGCCAGAUUAGCAUUGAGUUCCCUCCUGGGAAAUGGCCACAGGUGUCUCAUUCAUAUCAAUAAACAGCAAAAAAAAAAGCAUGCUCAGCAAUUUUCUGAUCGGGUUGGUGGUACAGAAAGUCUGAGAUCCCUUGGCAUUUUCUUUGCUGCUAAUAGCGGAGGGUAUGGCUAAUGCAAAUGGCUGCAGAGAGCUUCUAGGCAGUACAGGAGGAAAACAGUUUGCUUUCUGACAUGCAGAUGUCAUGGGUUUCUAGACUUGCAGGGCACAUGGCAUGGAGGGGGAGGAAAAUGAAUGCGUAUUUAUUUAGCUCUUUCUUUCCCACAGUAAUUAGAGCUACGUGGGUGUUGUAAGGCAUCAGCAUUCAUUGGUGUGGUUCCUGCAGCCACUGUGAAGGAAGAUGUCUUUCUAUGCUCAUCUCUUGCAAAUAAGUACCCAGUGGCAAACCAGCUAAUAACAUUCCAUCUCCAAUGUUGCAUCCUUUCUGUUGAUCAAGACUGUGUAAAGCUCAAUUGGAAAUCAUGUUAUCUUGCCAAUGAUUUCAGUGCUAGAAGAUACUUUUUCUUUUAUUUUUUGCUUUUUUUCCUCCUCAGCAGUGUCUUAAAGUGUGCAAGGAUAUCAUUCAGCUUCUGGAAUGUCUUGCUCUACACGCACUUAGGUGACAGCACAGUGUGCCUGCCUCCCUUUCUAGUCAAAGGCAAACACAAUGAUGCUCCCUAAUCAUCUUUCCUCUCUGGCUGCUUCACUAUAACUGACAAAGUAUGCAAAGACUAGAGUGAAAUUCCAGUCUCAUAGGAAACAGCAGCACUAUUGCUGUCAUCAACUGAGCGUGGGUUUCAGCAUUCUGCACUUCCAGUCUGCAGCCCAGCUCCAAAGAAGUUGUAUAUUGAUUACUGUCAGGUCCUUGCAAAGUUUCUGUUCUGCUUUCAAAGACUGAGAUGCUCCACGUAACUGUGUUUAGUAAACUUUCCAAGUUAAGGUGUUUUUUUUUAAUAAACGUGAGUUGCUUUUUCAUAGAGUACAUGUCAGUAAUAUUUACAUCAAUUCCAAGGAGCUUUUUGUAUUCGCUGUGCAUAAGGUAAUGAACUGUAGUCACCAGUCACUAUUGUAACUAUAUAAAUAGAAUUUAUUCAUUUGAAAAUGUCUCUUGAUAUGGAGUAUAAUGUUAUAGCAUUUCUCCGAUGUGUCCCAGUAGGUCACUGAAUGGGCCAUUAACAUGCACUUAUAUAGUGUUUGAUUACAAGUGUGCUUUUCUUUCACCCUUUAUUUACAGGGGUUUUAUAAGAAUUCCAGUAAUUCUUAUGAUUCGCUUAUAUAAUGACCCCAUUCGCAGUGGGGUCAUGACCAGUAACCACAUCAUAAGAGGGAUUGUUGGAAGGUGGAGAAACAUCCCUGCUCUAGGUUCUGUACCAAAGGCCCAAUGCUCUGCCUUGUGUUGCACAGGAAGCACCCAGAUUAACCCAUGGCACUGCACUGGGAUUCUGAUAAGCAUCUCAAUGAAAGAAAUGAAACCAGCUUCUUGCAGUUAUCUAAUAUUAGUAUUAGAGAUUUGCCCUUCAAAUUGUCAAGUUUUAAGAAGCUUACGGAAUACUACGAAACAGUGCAGACUGUGGGGCUGUAGCUUUACCUCAGAGAUGAGGAAUAGCAUAGGUGAAGGAAGAGAAAUCCAGCUGUGUGGUGAGGAGGUUUUCCUGCUGAUGGCAAUUGUAAGAGACACAGAGAUUUUGUGGAAGUCAGACACAAGUCAGGUAAGUCAUGCACUAAGGGAAAAGUAGAACUAGCAGGCAUGAAUUCUCACGUUCAGCUCAGCAGGUUGUGGUUACGCACUGAAGUAUUUUGGUAAAUGUCAGUGUCUUCUUUUCUGUAAUGAGUUGAGUAAAAAUAAGCGCUUCCCCAAGAUUAAGCCUUGAGUUUCAGCCUUGAGCUCAGGCACGACGCUGCUGAAAUGAAGGAGCCAGUUGUAAGAGAAAGCGUGGAAAACUGCGGAGCAGUUCAUCUGUUGGGAAAGCUGGUGCGUUUCGAAGAGACAUUGUUCACUGAUGACUGUUAAGUGGUGGUGACAGGGAGCGUAAAUCUAGAGCUGCAGGUCAUUUGAGCGGUGGGGCUGUUCUGGGAAGCUGUGUGGUUAAAUGUGAAUGUGUAAUGGAGGGGUGUAACCACUGCCCUGCGCCGCUGGGAAAUGCACGUAGUGAGGACACCAAGUGAACAGGAGAGAUGUUUCGCUUUGGCCUUUCCAAAGAAAACACAAAUUAAAUGAGCAUUCACGAGGCUCGAGAUGUUUUUACAAAACCUGUGUUUAAAACAGGGGGAAAGGUUCCUAAACGAAGACAUUAGAACACUGAGCUUUCUGUCUGUAUUUAUUUUCGCUUGGAACAUAACCGAUUACUCAUUUUGUGGGUGAGUAGUCAUCUGCUGCUUGAUUUCACCUCUGGGUCCUCCUGUGCUGGAGGAGAAUGCUACAUAUACCACUGAGGCUCUUAAUGAAAGCACAAACAGCAUUGCUUAUUAAAAUCUGAAGGGAUGGGGAACGGAGUUAAAACUGCUGUGUGACUUGAUGUCAUGCAGCCAGGUUUUAGAAAGCAAGCUGCAGCUACAAGAAACACCAGUACUGUCAUCUCUACAAGUGAUAUGGUACAGCAUUACUAGCUGCGUGUCCUCAUAUUAAAUAGUCACGCGCUACUGAAUGAUACAGAACUGUGUUAGACACUCAUUAGUUCGCAUCACCUUUUUCCAUUGAAAUGAAAAAAGUUCUCAGGUGAUUCUCGGAGCCAUUGACUCCUGGCUUUGAAAUAAUAGCUCAGCACGAUCCCUGUAAGCACUUAAUUGUCCUGAAUGGGCUGACUGGUCUGAAAUGAAGAUGCUACAGCAUGCUUGUUUGAGGCCCUUUGCUGUAGUGGAUUGCGCUUUCCUGUAAGCCGUAUGGAAAUCCUUCAGGAUACUGCGCUUAUAGAACAGAACACGUGUUCUACUAUAGGAAUAUAAAUAGUUGAGCGCUGGUUUUUGGAAAAUGUUCUUAAAACUCAGAUUUCUGUCGUAUAUUGUGACAUAGCUUCACUUCUGGUCACAGGAGCAUUAGGGGAUGGUGCUGAGAACACAGGCUGUGGGAAAGCUUAAAUCGUACUUACACCGAUCUGAGUGCAGCAGUUCUCUGUAGCAAAACUGAUUUAUGUUUUGAUUCUGUGUCACAAGACACAGUGCCACGUUUGUGAGGUGCCUCGUAGCUUUAGAUUUCCUUUUCUGUUAUUAAUCAAUUCUUCAUUGAUUAGCCCAGCCAGAGUUUGAAGGUAUAGCUGUCUUUUCCCAUUUGUCACUCAAACCCUUAGGUUCCUUCCUGACUGAGCAGUGCAGGAGUGGAAACAGCAAUAACGUUUUAUAAGGUUUGCCAAAAUGUGAAAGCUACAGCGCUUCUGGAGAGGCGGGGGAGCCUCUUCCUAGCACCUUCUUGGACUGCCUCCAGCAGAUGGCAGAUGCCAUGAGGCAAGAACAAAUGCUGUAGCAUUCUUUUUGUAUUCAGAUACCUGUUGUACCUAACUAUUGCCUUUAGUUUCUUCUUCUAAUUCUCCUAUAGCUUCUAAGCCACAAAUGUCUUUCCUGUGUCUAUAACUGGGAGAAUAAACGUCUUCCUGUCUUCUU